UUAAUCAUCAGGUCGGAGAUAAUGCAACAUUGUUUUUGAUAUUUAAUAUGAAACUGUGAAUAUAUUGUGAUUGAAAACAUACAGUUGGAUUAGUGUCAACGGUAUAAUAACGUACUAGGACAUAUUUAAUAUACUGUAUCAUGUUGUUUAAUGUUUACCGAUUGCUGUCAUAAUGAGGUAGAAAUUAUAAACGAAAAGGCUCUAUGACAUACUGAUUUUCCGAUUAAAAGUAUACAAAUGCAUAGAUAGUUAUUUAAAGCGAUUUGUAUUAAGACAAUGGCGUCCACGACGACCACAACCACAGUCACAACAGACAACUCGACGUCAAGCUCGACACAUAAAACGACAAUUUCAGAUCUGCUCCAUAUCCCUACUAGUACAGCCAUUGCCAUAUUCGUCGUCGUACUGGUCGUGCUAGUUGGCCUGGUUCUGCUGUAUGCGUUCUUAUACAAGAAAGGGUGGAUUUCAUGUGCAACGUGUAAAAACUAUGUGAGAAUCAGAAAAAGGACAUUGUCGAUUUCAAGCACCGGGCCACUAGCCGACAACGAUCCUACAUUCGUGGUAGGGUUACCAAAACCUGGACAGGACCGAGAACUCUUUAGUAUCGGAGAUGGAGAUGGCGUCGAAGAUGGCCGACCGGAUGCGCGUAGACGAAGCAGACGAGGGACGGAAGACGAGUUCUUUUACGACGAAAUAUUUGAACAUUCAGCGUUCGUUGAUGAGACAACGAACCGUGCAAAUAAACAGCUGACUGUAAAAGAUGAUGACUUUGAGCGAAUGUUAGAUGAACUAGAGGUGCCCGAUUUGGAAUUCAAGAGACCAACAUCGAGAAUUUAACCAUCGGAAAAGUAUCACAAUACUCAUUCAAGAGUCUUA